UAAAGACACCCAUUUCUGCAAAUCUAGCUUUCCUAAAAGGAUAAGCAAGAAACUAUAUUUUCCCUUGAACAUGUUUCAUUCACAGUGCAUACAUUUCAAGAGCAGUAGUACAAAGAUGUUUACAUGUAAAAAAAAUUAGCAAACAAAGUCUUCAAGUAGCAAUUUAGAAAAGAAGAACAAAAGCAAAACACUUGUUUACACGUUUCACGAAUCUUACAAGCAAUUUAACAAAUCGUUAGGCUUCUGAAUCUACACAAGUAGAUAUUUGCAAUGUAUAAUUAAAAGAAACACAAUCCCUAUGGUCUUCUCCCUCACAUUCUUCUUAUCCAGGCAUUCCCGAUGUCCCAGAGUAGUCGGAUGCAAAGCAAACUUCUGAAGCGGGCUAGGUUAGAUAUUUUGUCUCCAGACUUGAGCUAAAAAGUUUGAUUGGGCUUGCGUAUUAGAUAUCAUUAAAAUUUUAAAAUAACCUACUUAUUUGAAAUGGGACAGCGGAGUGAAUGAAAUAUUUUAUAGGUAUCUCGGUCAAGUCCCAUUUGAUACCAGUAUGAGACCGGUUCAGGAUGAAAAAAUUGGAUCCUAAAUAGAUUGAGCUAGUUCCGGAAUGAUAUCAGAUUUUUGGUUUGCGACACCGGAACCUAGAUUAUUGCCCACCCCUAAGUAUGACCGUAUGAGCUUCCUAAACCUCUCUCCAAGUAAAACAGGCUUUGAGUAAAAUAAAGAGAGUAAAAAACAACACAAAAUAAAAAGGAUCGUGGGAAAAAAUCAACGUGGAUCAACUUGAACCGGGAAAAACGAGAAAUAGAAACCAGAGGAAAAAACAGAGUAUUUCUUUUAGUGCAAAACGAAUUAAGAGAAGAAUAAAAAAACAAUAAAAAUAAACAACAAAGCAAUGGAUGGAGAAAACAGAUGAAAGGGGUUCAAACAGCGGAUGGAUGGAAGAACUGCAGAAGGAGAAGAAAAAGAUGCAUCAGGUCCUGUCGUGCAAUCGUGAAGAAAAAGACCGGCUGAAUUUUGUGGUUGCUGAGGGUAUUAUCGUCCACUCGAUUCAAAAUUACUCCUAAUUAGGGUUUAAAAACCUCUAAUUCCUCAACCCAAACCCAAAGGCUCGAAUUCCUACUUGUAUUCAAAGACUGUUUUCAUCGUAUAUAAGUCUUAUUAGCUACGGUCUCGCCUUCUCUACGGGAUAAACAUUCUGAUCGAUCUGCUGUUAUUCAUUCCUAUAAUGUCUAGUUGUCGUAACAGGGAAACAGUAAUAAGCGACCUGCCUGAUGAGUUAAGGGAAAAAAUAUUUGAUUGCAUGUCCACUCUAGACACCGCCAGAAGUGCUCUGGUCUCAACUCAAUGGAGGGAUGCUUGGUACCGCCGAGAUCGGCUCGUCUUUGAUCAGGCCUUCUUCGAAAGCAAGCCUUCUUCGAAUAAAGAAGGCUUGUCUAUGACGAGCCUAAUAUACAACAUUCUCAUUCUCCGGUCUGGACCUCUUAAGAAAUUUACGUUGCAUAUUCUUCGCUCAUGUGGAUCUGAUCCUUGGAUCCAGCAGCUUGAUAUAGACCGGUGGUGUCUUUAUCUGUCCAGAAACGGCAUUGAGGAACUUCACCUCUCUGGUCCUCAUUCCGGACCAAAAUAUAAGAUACCAUCCUCUCUAUUCUAUUGCAAGACCAUCAAGCAACUGAAUCUUGAGGAAUUCACUUUUGACUUGCCGGUAAAUGCUCCGCGUGUAUUAUUCCCCGGGUUGAAGUCAAUAAGUUUUAAAGGUGUUUGGUUGAGGGGUGAUAAUAAGGGACUGCUCUGCAGUAGCAUGCCGAAGCUUGAGAAGCUAGUUUUGUUCCAUUGUUAUGCUACUCCUAAUUAUAAAAUCACCGCUCCUGAACUUAAAAGUUUGACCAUGUGUGAAUAUUCAACUCCCGGAAGGAUAUGGCUGACGCUUCAUUUGAGCUCUAUUAAGACCCUUUGCAUCUAUUUGACUUGGAGAUAUUACUAUAAGGGUACAACUUAUACGCUGGACUCAACAGCCUUCCCAAUUGCGCUCAAUCUGCAAGAAAUCAAACUUCAUGGCUUCUGUUUUGAUACUGACUACCAUCUUAAGUAUGUUCUCCAAUUGCUUAAUAAAUCCCCCAAGCUAUGCGUGUUGGAGAUUGAGUUUGAGAACAUGAUUAAGUUUGAGAAAAGAUCUGAAGUAGCUAAUCCAACACUUUUGGAGAAUCUUAUUGAAACUGAAUUGAAGAUGCUUGAGAUAGUGAAGCUCAACCGAUUCCAAGGAUCCGAAAUAGAAUUAUGCCUUGUGAAAUUACUACUGUCAAACUCGCCUGCACUCCACCAUGUUGCUAUUCAUGAAGAUCUAAAUAUCAAUGCAUCUUUGGCUUCUGAGGCCACAAAGAAAAUUUUAAACUUUCCCUGUGCGUCUCCCAAAGCACAAAUUCUCUACAAUUCAAGGAUCUGAAUUCCUUUAAAAAAUAGUUCAAAUCAUGGCUAGUGGUAUGAGUGUCCUAUUAUCAUAAUACGGAUUACGGAGUAUAUUAUUCACUUGCAAAAUAUUUUAGCUAGUUGAUUUGGCUGGUUUGGAGUAUGUGACUAUAUGUAUACCCGUCGGUCCAUGCAUGGUAAUGCAUGUACAUGGUAAUUCAUGGUACUUAUUUGGUGUUUUUCAGCCACAUUCUCGGCAUUGGUUGUGAGAUUUCUUCACAUAUAAUGAGGGUAUUUGAUA